AGAUGGCUGCCGCUGCUGCUGUGUCGGCGUUUGUCGCAACCGCCGAGCCGUCUUCGCGCGGCUCUUGAGGAGCCGGAGCCGGGGGUCGCGGAGCGAACGGGCAGGAGCCGGCGGGGGCCUCGGCUUCCUUGCAGCGCGCCGUUCAAAUUAAGGAAAGCCUCCCUCCUGCUUCUUUCUGCAAGCAGCAUCUCAUUGUGCAAGAGCUCAGUCAUGCAGCCGCCGCCCCAGGCCGUCCCUUCUGGCGUGGUCGGGCCGCCUCCGUCCGGGAGUCCUCAGACCAUGUUCUGGUCUAACAGCCCUUACAGGAGACAGGCUGGCAGUCACACUCCGAUGGCCCCGAUAACCUGCCCACUGCAGCCAGUGACAGAUCCUUUUGCUUUCAGUCGACAGGCUCUCCAGAGUACAUCGCUGGGCAGUUCGUCUAAAAGCAGCCCGCCCAUUUUGCAAGGCCCACCCCCGCCAUCAUCCCUGCAGCGUGCUGGUCUGCCCGUGCCUCACACAAACACUGGGGACAGCUCCCAAGGGCCCUGCGAACCUCUGCCAGGGCCUCCGGUGCAGCCCAGGGCAGACGCCAGCCCAUUUCCUGGGGCGCCGAUGCCCUCGGCCUCACAUGGGCCCGAGACGAACAGGAGUGCCAAGGCUCCCGGCCCAGAGCCUGAGCUCCCGAACCCGCCGUACCCUCCGCAGUACAUUCCAGCAGUGGGGUCCAGUGGCUCUCGCGGGGGCCUUCUGCAGGGGCACGUGCCUCGGCCUGACAGACCCCUGAGCCGGCCGAGCCCCCCCGACAGCGCCGCACCCCCAGCAGCACUCCCGCUCCCCCCUCAGCCCUGCCAGCAAGUGCCUGGGCAGUGGGGGCCGGGGCAGGGAGGCCCACGGGCCCCGGGUCAGCAGUACUGGCCUGGCCCAGAGGGACCCCCGCAGAUCCCAGGGCCCCAUGCCUCCAGUGUCACCCACUUUCCCCCUCUGUCCAGCCUGCAUCAGCAUCCUGGCCACGAGCAGCUCGGCCCCCCGGCAUCCUUACCAGGACCCUCGGCCAGUGACGGAAGAAACGAGGCCGUCUGCCUGCCCAGUGGAGACCACUCAGCAAAUAGCUUUGAUCCAGAGAGCGCGUUCAGGCAAAAUUCCAAAGUUGGAAAUGCUCGGGCAAACCAGGAGCUCAGGUCGAGUCCUGGAGUGAACAGAGAGCAGCUGUCGGGCCUGGCUGCCGUUAGCCCGCUCGCUCAGGGAAACGGCCUGGAAGGCCACUCGCGCUGCUCGCCGGGGGCCGGGGGCGCCUGGACCCCACUGGAGGCGGGCUCGGGCGCACUCGCAAUGUUUUUCAAAGGAGGAGAGACAGAGAACGAAGAGAACCUCUCGUUGGAAACAGCGGGCUCUGCCGGGCAGGCCGAUGUGGACGGUAUCUGCCUCAGCCAGCUUCCCGCACAUGUGGGCGCAGGAGGCGCUCACCAGGCCUUUCCCAGAGGCUCCAGCAGUGAGCCCACGCAGCUGGGGGGAGAGCCACAGCCUUACUUCCCUCAGUCUGCAGGUAGCCCUCACGAGAAAGCAGCCUCUAAGGUGGCCACCGUGGAUGUGUGGGCGGACACGGCCCGUGCAGGGGCUCAGUACGAGAAUGUUGAGAACCUGGAGUUCGUUCAGAACCAGGAAGUUCUGCCGAGCGAGCCCCUCAGCAUGGAUCCUUCCUCCCCAGGCGAUCCGCUCAGGUGCGGGCCCCUUCCUGGCCCAGCUGGCCCCAGGCUCGGUGCGGUGGGCCCUGUGGGAGGCGGGGGCCCGAAUCUCGAGGCCCUGGAUAUGACAGCGCGCCCUGCACGGUCUGACAGCGUGUCGUCCGGUUAUAGCGGCAAGAGCCACCGGGGCCUUCCAGGUGCCAGGCUCCGCGACUCGGGUACCUUCAUUCAACAGGAAGUGGGAAGACCUGAGGAUGAGUCUCCAGGGAGGUUUUUUAAGCAGAUCGAUUCUUCUCCUGUCGGCGGCGAGACAGACGAGACCAGCAGCCAGAACUACCUCGGCAGCCUGUCCCAGCCCUCGACCCCAAGCCCCCCAAAACCUACGGGGGUAUUUCAGACGAGUGCAAACAGUUCUUUUGAACCCGUGAAAUCACACUUGGUUGGAGUAAAGCCCGUUGAGGCAGAUCGCGCCAAUGUGGUGGGAGAGGUGAGGGGGCCUAGUGCCCGCCAGCAGCACAGGGCCGCCGCUGCCACGCCUGAUGCCGCCCCUGGCAACCUGGAGCAGCCCCCCGACAACAUGGAGACCCUCUUCCCACCGCAGCGCUGUGUGCCACCUCUCGCCACCCCCCUGGAGGCCGGACGUGGGCUUCUGCAGGCCACGGGGCCACCCUUGGAAACGGUGCUGCCAACACCUGAGAAGAGGCCCUCGACCAGGGUGCAGGGGCCUGUGAAGUGUGAGAGCCCCGCAACGACCCUGUGGGCACAGAACGAGCUCCCAGAUUUUGGGGGCAAUGUCCUUCUGGCCCCAGCGGCUCCCGCGCUUCACGUGCCAGUGAAACCUCAGCCGUCCGAAGUGAUCCAGCCCCCAGACGAGGGGGCAGCACGGCAGGUGGGCUCUGGCGGUCAGAGUGGGGAUGGCCUUGGCGCUUCUGAGAACCUGGAGAACCCUCCACAGCUUGGCGAAGAGGAGGCCCUCCCGCCACAGGCUGGCCCCAGCUAUGCCAGCCUGCUGUCCUCCCCACCCGCUGAGUCUUUGCAGAAUCAGCCCAUCUUGAUCGCCCAGCCCGAUCAAAGCUAUAGUCUGGCUCAGCCUGUUAACGUUUCUCUGUCCUUACCAAAUCCUAACGAGAAGGCUCCAUCCUGGAGAGACUCUUUGGUGGGAGAUAAGCCCAUAGUCAGCGGCCGGGCUGCCGGGGGUGAUACUGGAGAGAAUGUGCCUUUGUCUGGGAUGCCAGCUAGCGCUCUCAUCUGCUCGCCUCUGCCUAACCAUCUGGCUCAGAGUCCUUUUCCACAAGUUUCUGGUACCUGUGACAUGGUUUCUAAUCAAGCUGCUAAUUUGCUGGUUCAACCGCACUCUCAUCCAAAUGCCUUGCUUCCAGAAGGUCAGAAGGUCCACAACGCAGAGAGUGUGCCUCCUGAGGAGGUGCCCAGUCCUGCGGGGGGUGCAGGCCUGGUGUUAGUGCCGCCUGCAAGCAGCACCUCCCUGCCUGACAACAGCAAGCCAGGCCUCUGUGGCAGGCGGGACGGAGCUUCGGGAGCCCUGGACUUCAUGUUUGGUAGGACUUUGGAAAAUCCUGCAGGAGUGUACAGCCUGGCCCACGUGGAUGGCCCAGCCUCUGUUCAGCAGCCCGCUGCCAGUCGUCGGCCGCCUGGGCCUGGGGCGAACACCCCGGACCGUUUCUAUCAGCAGGUGAUGAAAGAGGCUCAUGACCAGCCUGGUGCAGAGAGAGCCCAGCAGGAGCUGGCACUCCCACUGCCUGCUCCACAGGGGCCCAGAGCAGUGCUUCCGGAGCCGUCAAACCCGGGGAGUCCCCCGGUGCAAGCACAGCCUACAGACCCGGCCUGGCCCACAAGCCCAGCUCCUGCUGACGCGGGUCAGCAGCUGCUGCCCCGGCCGCCUCGGUCCUCCAGCGCCUCUGUUGUGUCCACCAGCUCGGGCCAGGCGGCCCCACGGCCCGACCAGCAGUGGCUGCAGCCCCCGCCUCCCGACCUGGCUUCCUACUUCUACUACAGGCCUCUGUAUGACGGCUACCAGCCCCCGUACCCGUACUCCGCAUACCCGCCGGACCCUGGCCCAGCCCCCCACUAUUACCAGGACAUCUAUGGCCUCUAUGACCCCAGGUACAGGCCCUGUGACAGCGCUGCCUACAUGGAUCCCUGCCGCUACCCCGAGCCCGAGCGGCCCAGCUCCCGGGCCAGUCACUGCUCUGACCGCCCGGCCGCCAGGCAAGCGUAUCCCGAAGGUUACUAUAAUUCCAAAAGCGGAUGGAGCAGUCAGAGUGAUUACUAUGCAGGUUGCUAUUCCAGCCAGUACGAUUACAGAGACCCAGGUCGCUGGGAUCGGCUCUACUACAGCUCUCGGUUCAGGGAUCCCCGUUCCUACGACCGGAGGUACUGGUACGAUGCGGAGUACGACUCGUGCAGGAAGGAGAGCUAUGCCUGUGGUGACAGGCCCGAGAAAUACGACGACCGCUACAGGUACGACCCCCGCUUCACCGGGAGCUUUGACGAUGAGCCCGAGCCACCCCGGGACCCUUACGGGGAGGAGGCAGACCGGCGCAGCGAGCACAGCGAGCACUCUGCACGGAGCCUGCGCAGUGCGCCCAGCCUGCAGAGCCGCCGCAGCAGCUUCAGCGCCCACUCCCAACAGAGUCAGGUGUACCGGAGUCACAACGUGCCCUCCGGGUCCUACGAGGUGCCCCCGCCGCCGGGCUCCUUCCAUGGCGAUUACGCCUACGGCCCCUACGGGAGCGACUUCCACGGCGCGCCAGGCUUCCCAGAGUACGGCUACCCCACCGAGGCCAGCUGGCCCUCCGUGGAGCAAGCUCCGUCGAGACCCUCUUCUCCCGAGAAGUUCUCGGUGCCUCACGUCUGUGCCAGGUUUGGUCCUGGGGGCCAGCUCAUCAAAGUGAUUCCAAACCUGCCUUCAGAAGGACAGCCUGCACUGGUUGAAAUUCACAGCAUGGAGACCUUGCUGCAGCACACUCCGGAGCAGGAGGAGAUGCGGGCCUUCCCAGGACCUCUCGGCAAAGAUGACACCCAUAAAGUGGAUGUUAUUAAUUUUGCACAGAACAAGGCUACAAAGUGUUUGCAGAAUGAAAACUUAAUAGACAAAGAGUCUGCGAGUCUCCUCUGGAGCUUUAUCGUCCUGCUGUGCAGGCAGAACGGGACCGUGGUGGGCACAGACAUUGCAGAGCUCUUGUUACGAGACCACCGAACCGUUUGGCUUCCUGGGAAGUCGCCGAAUGAGGCCAACCUGAUCGAUUUCACCAACGAGGCCAUGGAGCAGGUGGAGGAGGAGGAGUCCGGUGAGGCCCAGCUCUCGUUCCUCACGGACAGUCAGGCCGCCAGCACCGUCGAGAAGGACACGGAGCGGUUCCGGGAGCUGCUGCUCUACGGCCGCAAGAAGGACGCCUUAGAGUCUGCGAUGAAGAGCGGCUUGUGGGGUCACGCCUUGUUACUCGCCAGUAAGAUGGACAGCCGGACACACGCCAGAGUCAUGACUAGGUUCGCCAACAGCCUUCCGAUAAACGACCCCCUGCAGACUGUCUACCAGCUGAUGUCAGGGCGGAUGCCGGCCGCGUCCACGUGCUGUGGGGAUGAGAAGUGGGGAGACUGGCGGCCACACCUGGCCAUGAUCUUGUCCAACCUGAGCAGCAACGUGGACGUGGAGUCUCGAGCCGUGGCCGCGAUGGGCGACACCCUGGCCUCCAAAGGGCUCCUCGACGCCGCGCACUUUUGCUACCUCAUGGCCCAGGUCGGAUUUGGGGUGUACACCAAAAAGACCACAAAGCUCGUCUUAAUUGGGUCAAACCACAGUUUGCCAUUCUCGAAGUUCGCGACCAACGAAGCGAUCCAGAGGACAGAAGCCUAUGAGUACGCGCAGUCCCUGGGGGCGCAGGCCUGCUCCCCUCCCAGCUUCCAGGUGUUCAAGUUCAUCUACUGCUGCCGCCUGGCCGAGAUGGGGCUGGCCGCGCAGGCCUUCCACUACUGUGAGGCGAUCGCCAGGAGUGUCCUGGCGCAGCCCCGCAGACACUCGCCGGUGCUGCUCCGCCAGCUGGUGCAGGUCGCCUCCCAGUUGCGCCUCUUUGACCCUCAGCUGAAGGAGAAGCCGGAGGAGGAGGCGUCUGCGGAGCCCGCCUGGCUGGUCCAGCUGCAGCUCGUGGAGAGACGGGUCGAGGAGGGUGCUGUGGCCUGGAGUCAGGACGGAGCCUGCCCCCAGCGCUGCCCCAGCUCGCCAAGCCCUGAGGUGGGGCCCCGUGAUGGCCCGGGACCCACCCAGCCAGCGGGCCUGGGCGCCGACAACCCGCUGCUGGCCCCACCAGCGCCCAGCACUAAGCUCUUCAGCCAGGACGUGCGGCAGCUGCCCUCAGCUCCUUUGGCGCUCCCCGCUGGCCCAGCGGCCAUCCCCGCGCAGGUGCCCAUGUUCCCUGUGCCGCUGCCGGCUCCUGUCGAGUUAGAGCCUGUGCACGGCCCCCCAGGGGCUGUACCUGGCUUUCAAGAGCCCUCUGGGCCUGACCCUGUGGCCCUGUAUCCCGGACCUGGGGUGCCACCUCUCCAGGAGACGGACUGCCUGUUCCCGGAGGCCAGGAGCCAGGAUGCAGGGGCGGUGCCGCAGGAGACGCCCGGCAGAAGCUCGCUUUCAGAGCCGGGAGAGGAGGAGUUUGGUGGGAACUUUGCUAAUACGGGCUCCUUCAGGACCUCGCCGGGUUCCGAGGCGCCGCCGCAGGCCCUGCAGCCACCUGCACCGCUGACGCCCGCGCCCGAAGUGCAGAGACCUGUCCAGGCCACCAAGAAGGAGAGCAAGGAGCCGAAGAAGAGCAGCGAAUCCUGGUUCUCCCGCUGGCUGCCUGUGAAGAAAAGGACGGAAGCUUACUUGCCAGACGACAAGAACAAAUCGAUCGUCUGGGAUGAAAAGAAGAACCGGUGGGUGGACGUCAACGAACCAGAGGAGGAGAAGAAGGCUCCGCCCCCGCCUCCAACUGCCCUUCCCAAGGCUCCGCAAGCUGCCCACCCUGGUCCCGGAGGGCCCCCCAGACCCACUGUGAACAUCUAUUCUAGAAAAGCAGCUGGAACCAGGGCACGCUACGUGGACAUUCUGAACCCGGGGGGCCCCCAGCAGAGCGAGCCGACCCUGGCUCCCACUGACCUCUUUGCACCCCUGGCCCCGCUUCCAAUUCCGGCUCACCUGUUGGGCCCAAACGCAGAUGCAGAGGAGGUGCCGUCCGCCGAGGCGGCCAGCAGGGAGGGGCCGGCCAGGCCGGAGCCCGCCUCGGAUCCCAAGGUGUUCGGGCCUGCAGUGGCGUUGCUCCCUGGACCUGAACUCCCAGCUUCUGGACUUGAUGGUCCCCAGGGAGGAGAGCUUUCGCGCUGUAGUUCACUGAGCUCGUUAUCACGGGAAGUGAGCCAGCAUUUUAACCAGGCUCCUGGUGCUCUUACCCCCGCGGGGCCCCCUCCUGGGGCCGGGGUGCCCUUCUACAACCCUGCUCAGUUUGCACAAGCCCCUGCCGCCUCAGGAAGCUCAAGGACGGGGAGGAUCGGCCAGAGGAAGUACCCAGCGUUAAGCUAGAAGGGCCGCGUCCUGGAGUAGCACCAGGACGGGAGAUGGCUGUUCCGCCCCGAGGUCAGGCCAACGGCCUGCGACUCCAGUCUGUCCCGACGGGCGUGAACGCAGCAACUCCGAAAUGACUUGCGGAGUGUCCGACACUAAUCCGCACCUUCGAGAUGCUGGGUGAAGAGUGACUCUUAGACCCAAAGGGGUGACUUAAGGAUCCAGCAUCUGCAGUCACUUGAGGGGGUGACACUGAGUGAAGCUGGAGGCAUCUUGGCUACAGGAGGAUUGCGCUUCUCGGUAACUAAGGCCUUAAAACCUUGCGGGGAAUCGUUGCCAAAUAGAGCCCAGAGGUCCUUUCAGAUGCCAGGAGGAGACGGUGCACCUUUGACUCAGAGAGGAGCUCGCCUGCAUGCCUGCUCCCAGAGGUGGUCAGGUCAGCCCCCGCCCCAUGUUGCUGAGCCUGGAAGGGUGCUUCGUCUCAGAGGAAACUGGGCUUCCUUUAGCAGCAGUUCCAUUAGGUUUUGAGAGCAGCCCUCGCUCCUGACCUGUGUUCUAUUUCCUGGAGCCAAGACGUGCCCAGCUCUGCGUGGUCUCCUGUGGCCUCACCAGGACCAGGAGGCUUCCAGCAGUCAGAGGGGUCAGCUGGGAUGGAGCUGUUCUGAGCGACGGGCCCAGUGUCACAGCUGGGACUCCGGGUUUGGUUUGGGUUUUUCCGUGGACCCACCAGGCCCUGCUUCCCGUGGCCAGCCCUUGCAGCGCUGUCAGCUGACGGCCGCCUCUCACCGCUGCAUCGCUUAGGGAGCUGGUAACAUCCUGAAGACAGUGGCUUGCAGCUGUUUCUUGUCUGAAGCUCCAGAAUCCGACCUUUCUGGCCCCGGACUUGUCAGUGGCUCACCUGCUGACUCAGCCUGUGAACCUGCACAGGACGAUGACCUCCUGGUGGACCCAGCUUUAAGGCUUCAUCGACUGUUCUCAAAACUGUUCACAUUCUUCUGUCUAAAGGGACUAAAGAAAAGAUUUAAAUAUUUAUAAAAAUCAUUAGGAAAUAAUUUCUGUAGAACGCUGGGGAACGUGGUUUGUUGGGUUUUAAUCCAGGUGUCGGGCUUGAGUGGGGUGGGGUGGGGUCAGCACAGGGCCCUCGGGUACACUGGGUCAUCUCGGAAGGACCCGCAGAACGGUUUUCCAGGACGCGUCACAGAUGUGACACCUCACUGGCGGGCGGUCUCGUGUCCAGGGUCAGUGCUAGCGCGACCCCCGGGCUGAGACCUGCCCCCCGUGGCCCUACCUGUUGUCCAUGUCGACCGCCGGCGAGUUUUGAUUCAAGAAGCUUCCUCUGAGGGGGGAGCUGCUAUUUUUCCUAAAUGCAAAUUGUUAAAUAAAAUAUUUUGCGCUCUCAA